AUGUUGCAGCACUGGGCGAUCCAGGCAGCCCGUGGAGGGAAUCUGUCUGCCUUGAGGGGGCUCGCCAUAGAUGCUGGCGACCUCACUCAUGCUGACGCCUAGGGGGCGACCCCCGUCAACCAUGCUUCCAGCUGCGGGCACAUGGACUGCCUGCGCUUGCUGGUGGGUGAGGCGGGGUUUCCCGGCGAUACGAGGGCAGAAAAUGACAAUGGGGCCACCUCAACCCAUGAUGCAGCCUCCGUGGGGCAUGUGAGGGAACUGCAGUGGUUGGUGGACUGUGAGCAGGACAACAUGGGGGCGACACAUCUGUCGGCCCAUUUUGGGCUUGUGGAGGCAGUUCGGUGACUGCUGUUUGUAUGGGGCUGGGCUGAGGAGGAAAUGGACUACGGGGCACUCCCCAUCCACUGCACAGCAGCCAACGGUGACCUCACUUGUCUGAAGCUGCUGAUCCAGGGUAUAUUCAAUGGCAUUUUCCCCCUGCAGGGCUCCUGCGCAGCCAUCAGCCUCUCUUGCCAGGACAAGAAGGGGGAAACUGCACUGCAUUUUGCAGCCAGUGGAGGGCACCAUCGCAUCCUUGAGCGACUGCUGUGCUUGGGGGCAAAGGUCAUUGAGGAUGACUGGGGAAGCACCCCACUUCAUGACGCUGCUGAAAAUGGAGAACUGGAGUGUUGCCAGAUUCUGUUGAGCAAUCCUACUGAGUGUGACAGGGAUGGGUUCACAGCAGCAGACCGAGCUGAAUACAGUGGGCACUAUGACUGCGCCAAGUACAUCUGGGCCGUGGAGCAAUGUCCAGCAAACAGCGAGAUGGCUCCCCAGCCAUCCCACCCACUGCCCCCUCCGGCGCCACCUUUACCUCCCUCCAUGCCCCCACCAGAGAAAUCAGCUUUAAGCAGCAUGAAGCAUGUGCAGAUAGUAUCCUCGGGUGGAAAUAACACCGGCAAGCCUUCAGUGUCGGAGACAAACCAUCUCUCUGGCAUGAAGUCCAUUAUGUCUUUGAAACAAGCAGGGAUUUCAGCAGUCUUCACACAGCAAAAAUCAGAGAAGAUGGUGGUGCUACCUACUGAGGAGGCAAACUUGUCUGAUAUUGACUACCUGGUGCCCACCCAUGAUGAGAAGGGCCGGCCCAUUGCUGAGUGGAAACGGCAGGUGAUGGUGCGCCAGCUGCAAGCUCGGCUGCAGGAUGAGGAGAAUCAGAGGAGGAAGGAGAAUGGGAACAAAUAUAUGAAGAUGGACAGUUGGAGGUACUCCCAGGCACACAAUGCCAUCCUUGGUCCUUUAGGGGAGCUGCUGACCGAGAAUGAUCUCAUCUACCUUGAAAAACAGAUUGAGAAUGUUUCCAUGCAGAAACAAUGUGAAGGCUAUGAGUUGGAGUUAGCCCGCCUUGCUGAAGAGUUGAGGACCAUUCUACCAGCCCCCAUCGUCAAUAUCACUGCCAACACACAGUUCAGGAAGUCCAGUACUGACGGCCAAGUCCCGUUACCUUUGUGGUGCAAUCGCAUAUCUGGGAUUGUGAAGAGCAUGUCCCUUCUCAUGUCGAACCUGUCUGACCACCCCUAUUGUAAAAUGCCCAACACUGAACUUGUGUCUGUCUUCUCUCAGAUGCCAGAAAGACAGAAUUCAUCCAGGGGGAGAAGGGAGAAGAUUGAAAAGGAGAUUCAGCAGUUUGGGGUCUCAGUACGGAAUCUGAAAUCAAACUUUGAGAGUCAAAACUCUCCCUCAUUAGACUGUAUGGGAGAGGCUCCAGUCAUAUCACAGGUUGAGGAGGUCCCUGUUAAUGACGUGACUGAGCAAUCUCCUGGAGAAGUACAGCAAGCUGCUGAGGUUAACCAAAGCAAUGACUCAGGUAUAGGAUAUGGUGAAAUGACUAAUGACGUCAUGGAAACAACCAGCUUACGAAAAGAGCGCAUAGUGGUCUUAUUCUUGGGUCACUGGAAGAAAUCAGCCUAUGCCAUGACUACAAAGGGCAGGAAGCAGAGUCUGGAUGGCCAAGAAACAUCUGAGAAAGCUGAUCAGGAAGGCAAAGUUGAGGCCUCACAGUCUGAGUCCAAGAAAACUAUGGAGAACGGCUCCUUGAGUCACUUCUUCAAGCAAAGGAGUGCCAUCAACAAAAUGAUGGGGAACUGGAGGAACAUGAUUUGCAGUGUUCCCUCCCGGCAAAUCCACCGUCUUCAUCGGCAGCAGGUCACUUACUCUCCAGAGCAGUUCCUGCCUCGUGUCGAUGGGGCCACGAUAGAUUAUGACAGCUUGACCCUUGACCUGUUCAUGCUGGGCUACUUCCACAUCCUGGAGCUGGAUUUGUCGGCGGACGAGAGAAAGAUGAGGCAUCUGCUCUGCUUUGAGGUGUUUGACCAUGUUGGCAGAUUCAGCUGGGAGACAGUGCGGGACUUCCACAAAGCUGUCCUGCAGAACAUUGAGGCUGGGAACCGGGAGUGGAAGGAUGGCUUUGAGGACAUCAAGCUGAAGUUCUUUGGGAAUGCUUCCAGUCAGCCUGCACCUCCAUCGGCCACUGGGGAGCCAUUGCCAUCAGAGAUAAGAUCAGUGCCUAAAGUCAUUGUCCAGACUCCCACCCCUGAUGAAGGAGACAUGCUGAAAAGUGGUGCAGACCUCUCCAGCUUCAGCAAUGAUGAAAUUUGCAAAUACAUUGAUCGCAGUUUUGCUUUUUGGAAAGAGAAAGAGGCAGAGAUUUUUGAUUUUGAGGAGUAG